GAAGCCGCAUCUGCGGCUCGCGCCACCACUUUGGGCAAGUCCCCGCGACGGACGCUACCAACUCCAGCACAUGGCGAUCGCGGGUGUCGCUUGCAAAGGAAUUCAUACCAUAGCGCCUACCGCUGUAGCUCUAAAUGAUGUUAUUCCGACACUUCAUUAAUUCAGAUGACUUACUUAAUAUUAGUGGACGUAGGUUUGCACGUUAUUGAUUUUGAGCGUGUUCUGAGCACUUUAUUAAAUAUAUUCGUUGUACGUAAAAAUUUUAACCCCCCCUCCCCGCUUCGUUGAGUUAGGGAAUCCCGCAAACCCGGCUAUCACCGGGCAUCCCUUGCCAACAUGGCGGCGCUCAGCAAGUCCAUACCGCACAACUGCUACGAGAUUGGCCACACGUGGGACCCUUCUUGUGUCACCGCUUUUCGCCAGGUCAGCUGGGGCGCCUUCGACGAGGCCGUGCGAAUCUACACGCCGCUCUACUUGAUCGCUGCGCUUCUGCGGCGGCGUAAGCGCGACUACUACCUGUACCGGCUGCUGCCGGAGCUCUCGCGGUCGGUGGCCUUCCUCAGCGCCAAUGGCGGCCUCUACAUCGCCUCCUUCUGUAUUCUGCGAAAGCUUAUGGGUGGCUUCAACUCGUGGCUGGGUGGCUUCUGGGCGGCACUGCCAGCCUCCUACAUUGCCAUCCUCCUGGAAAGAAAAAGCAGGAGAGGCCUGUUGACCAUCUACAUGGCAAAUUUGGCGACCGAGACCAUCUUCCGGAUGUGCGUGACCCGCGGAUACGUGACGCCCGUCAGGCACGGAGAGGUCCUGCUGUUUUGUAUCACGGCAUCUCUCUACAUGUACCUGUUCAGGUGUAAAGAUGGUCUCAAGGGCUUCUCAUUCUCGGCAUUGAAGUUCCUGGUGGGCAAGGAGGAGCGGCUGGACCACGCCCCCGAGGCGCUGCCAGUGGACCGGGCGGCCGCGGCACGUGCCGACGACUCGGAGCGACCGGCAGCGGCGGCUGCGGCGGCGGCGGCGGCGAUUCCUGGCGACAGGCCGUCCCGCCUGGCACUCAUCCGCUACCUCGUCCGCCUCCUCGUCAAGAGUGGCCCAAGGCACCGAUGCUGCAAGCAUCACAAUGAAAACUGCAUCUAUUACAGCUUCAAGGCGUUCGUGCGGAUGUUCAGCGUCGGCUACCUGAUCCAGUGCUGCCUGCGCGUGCCGGCCGCCAUUCGCCACCUGUUCACACGGCCCUCGCGCGUCCUCCCCACGCUCGUGCACCGUGAAAACUUCCGCCUCGGGGCCUUCCUCGGGUCCUUUGUCAGCCUCUACAAGGGGACCAGCUGCCUCCUGAGAUGGAUGAGGAAUUUGGACGACGAACUGCACGCACUUCUCGCCGGCUUUGUUGCCGGCCUGUCGAUGAUGUUCUACAAGAGCACCUCCAUCUCCAUGUACCUGUCCUCCAAACUUGUGGAGACGCUGUACUUCAAGGGGAUCGAGGCGGGCAGCUUCCCGUACUUCCCGCACGCCGACACCAUCAUCUACGCCAUCUCCACCGCCAUCUGUUUCCAAGCGGCCGUCAUGGAAGUGCACAACCUGAGGCCGUCCUACUGGAGGUUCCUGCUGCGGCUCACCAAGGGCAGAUUCGCGCUGAUGAACCGGAAGGCUCUGGACGCGUUUGGGACCCAGGCCUCACGGGACUUCAAGGAGUUUGACCUCAAGUUGGAUCCCCGUUUCACGCACACGGUCGACUCUAGCCACUGAGCGGACGGGCCGCGGCACGCGCGCCGAUGGGAUGCGUUCGACGGCACACGCCUUCGCCGAUGGGGCGUUCGUAACGACUAAACCUGAACGCCGCCUCGCAGCGUGCGAGAUGAUUUGUACGCGCGCCCUGUUCGAAUGCGCGAACACGGGUCGAUUGUUAAAACGUUACCUAAUUGAGAUUUUGAAAUGAUUCCAAAAAAAUGUUGUCACCGUUUGUUUUAGCCCAAUGCAAAGCCAAAUUGCGUUUUAGUAAAGUUUAAGUUUCAAAUUGCCUUUGAUUGGUAUGAUGGUACGAACACGGUCGUACGAAAACAUUGAAAUUUAAUCCGUGUUCUAAGUAUGCGAGAGCCUGCAUAUUUACGAUUGCAACUCAUGCCAAUAUAAUAGGUCCAAUAUAAUUAAAGCCAACGAUGGGCAGAAAAAUGCUAAAUAUGGUAGAAGAGUAACUUGCGGCACUUGGAGACUUCACACUUUAUCAAAUAUGCCGAGCACAGCAAUCCCAGUGUGCAGUUAUGGCAAGGUGCCAAGAUUAACACCGCCAGUGUACAUUUCGACACAAACUCCGAGCGUGACAUGGCAAUGGUAUGGCAUUGCUGCUUUUGCAAGGCUGAAACUUCCACGAGCAGGCCAUGCCGCCAUCCAAGGUCGGUUGACCACUGGCAGCUUUACUUGGGUUAUUUUUUUUUCCAGUUCUGCUUAUGUCCGGCCUAAUGCACCGCACAAUUGCGUAUGCCCGAGUAUGCGACGGGUAAUUAUUAUUCUUAUUACGUUAACCAAAGAACAGGUCUUGGUUACAUCGACGCAGAAUGGAAUCUGCCACUGUUUUAAUUUAUCGGAAUGGUUUUUUGACGGACAUCAGCGGCAGGACGUGUUGAACGUGUACCUCUGAAGGCACCUAAUGGUUGAGAUCGGUGGGAUCUGAACAUUUGCUCGGAGGGCGUCCUGAACGUCGGCAUUGGUCCAGUGACGCGGGGAUACUGAUUUCUAAUCCGGGAGCCAGCCGCUCGCAAUUAAAUCGGCUUCUGAUGCAUAUUGGAUUCGAUGAUUCCCAACUGAUGUUUGUGUUUGCACUCAAUUCGGCAUCGCCGAGGGAUGACUGCCGGUGUGAUAGCCAUGGAAAAAAUUAUUGGUGGAGCGCACACUCCCCCUGCUGUUGCCUGAGGGAGGUGUCGCUGAGCUGUUGAGACGGCUGCUUGCGGGAUUCGAGAAUCGAGCGAUGUGCUUAGACUUGGCGUGAGCGCGCCAAACGGAAAUCAUGCCCGAGGCCCCGUUCGUUCGUUUUGCUUGGCACGCGCGACCGAUGCAGUGACGCUGUACUGGCAGCUCUUGACCAAUGCGCGCUUGAACACACAGUAUUUGGAUCGCAGUUGUGCGGGAGCGCGCCCAAAGGCCACUUGUAUAAGUGCAACCUCUUACUCUGUAUACAGACGUCUAUCUCUGCGAUGGACCUCGAUGGGUUGCAGGCGCGUUCCGUCAGCCAAUGUUGCUAUUGCAGCCGUGGGGUCAACGGCGUGGGCGGAUGUGGAGCAGUGAUCGAUGACCGAUGGCCAGUGCCUGUUACUGCAAUGUCAAAAAACACGAGUCUCACCGAUUCAUAAUAUAUUUGGGUUAGGCUAUGUAAUGAAUCAUCUGAUCAAAGUUGAGUGACAAAAUGUUAAAGAGGACAAUAUGUCACCUUCACACAUCUGUCUUUCGACACAGAAAAAUAAAAGUAUUAUAACAACUCAUCAGUCCAAAUGAUCUGGGAGGCCGUCAUUUCAGCAGCAUUGAUUCAAUGUCCUUGUCAGCAGUCAGGAUUGCUUGAAUCAAUGCUGGUGAACUUCUCGAAUGUUUAGAGGCAUCUUUUACUUGCAUUAAAACCCCAAAUAAACAAUUCUGAAUCGUAAUAGUGGCCUUGAAAACCUACGCGUUCGGUUUACGAGUCUCAGUGUGGGAGCGACCAGCCGUGAUUUGUCGUCUAAAACAAAAAACAAGGCAGCACUUGUAGCGGACUAAUGAAAUAAAAACGGGUAAGAUUGAGGUCGUAAGGCCCUUGAAACCCCUAACGCAAUUUAUCAACCAAUUCUGCGAUUGUGCUAAAUAUUAAGAGCCAGAACAAUCCACUGAUGAAAAUCGAUUCUUUGUCCAAACGAUACACGCCUUUUAAAAUUGCUUUGCCACCAAAAUUGAUUCUUGUCGAUUCUUUGUCAUCGUCAACGGGAAUGCGUUCACGGUGGUCAUCCUCUCAGAUGUGGCUUUUUUUGGGCUUCUGUUCCGUCACGAUGCAGCCUCGUUCAUCUGCUAUGAUAAUGACGUGACAAUUGUUGGCUAAUGUGUAACGUUCAUGCAUGGACCAGCACGGCACAGGGAUAUGGGGCACGGUAUUGGAGAGACAGCGAGAUUUUAUCAAACGAGAAAAAAAUACAACAACAUAAACAGAUCCAAAUUUCAGUACAGACGAGACGGUACAAAAAGCAUAAAGCGCCGUGCUGAUGCCAUGAAUUAAUGUCUAGGUUGUGUCGACUACACAUUCCAGUGAUCUGCAAGACAUCUCGCGGUCCACCAGAGGGCAUGUCGUGCACAUCUGUGAAAAAAAGCCUCCGAAACAACACGUGUCGUGUUUCCAUCGACUUAGUCGCUGAAUUACACGACCCACCUUUGCGUUACAAGACGUUCGGCCAUCGUGUGCCAGCAUCACGGUCCAAAUGCCCCAGAUUUGAGAAGAUGCUGGAUUGUGAAACGGCAAUCGUCAACCCCCUACUGCGGAACGUAGCAGGGCCCUCUUGAAAACUAUCUUGGGACUCUGCGUGACUUUCCCGAGUAAACUAAGCCGAAUGUUGAUGACAAUGUCCGUGAGUACGUGUCUUCUGGGAGACGUGUAUUAAACCAGUUGUUCAGGAUCAUCUUCCAGAAGGCGGUUCUCCAUUGUAACACAUGACCUCCCAGAGUGCAGAUGACACUACCCCCACCGAUAGUACGAAAUCCUCUUCCAGAAGACAUUCCCCCCCCCCCCCCCUUUUUAAUUGUAAAUUCGCGCAAUCGUCAUCCUAAUCUGGGAGCCGGUUCUGCAUGGCAAUUUACUGUAUUCUCCAGAUUAAACGCACUUUUACAUUAAAACAUUUUCUCGCACAAAAGAUUGGGGUGCAUCGUGUUUCCCAGAGCGUUUUUAGAAUUCUGGAGAAUGCGGUAAAUCCCAAAGCAGUAACAGCAACACUGGCAAAUGUGUGUGACUAGAGCAGGAGUUUUUUUUGUCGUUGACCAAAAUAGUUGGAGAGCCGCAUCACACGCAGAGCUACUUGUACGCACACGCAAACACAAAAUAGGUGAUGGAAUAAACUGCGUCUAUUUAGCCCCCCACCCCCCCUAGUUAAUCUUUAAUAAUACCAGUUUAACGGUACAUUGUGUUGUCACCAAAAAAUUCCAUUGUGACUCAUUCCCAGUCAUAUUGAUUCAAUUGAUUUUUAUUUUUGCGUCAAAUUACGUUUAAGAUACAUGGGGGAUUUUCUUCUAUAAUAAAGCGGCUGCUGCCCGGGAGGGGGGGGGGGUGAAGCCAAAGAGCCGCAUGCGGCUGAGGUGCCGCAGUUUGCCGAGCCCUGGGUGAGAGAAAUCGACUGAUUUGGUUGGAUGCGCGUUGCUAUCCUGGAUGGGGAGGGGGUGACGGGUCCCAUCAUUUUUACAGCAUCAAUAAACGAGUACCACACUUUGUGGGAGUUUCGAGGUAUGGUUAUCUUUUUGGAGCGACUGGUGCCCGUCAGAGGAAUGUGGAAUUGCUAUGAUAGGCUAGGAACCUCCAAUGAAAACAAUGACCCCCGACUCGGAUAGUAUCCGAAUCUGUGAGCCUUCCCCGGUUAUAUAAAGUCCUUGUCAUGAGCAGGUGCCUUGUAAAAUUGGCAGCUGUGCUGAAUAUUAACCCCAAAGGUACUUUAUGACCGUUACUCCACUAAUCAACUCUCAAAUGGAAAUCGACAGUAUUUUAAAUUCAUUGCUUUUUUAGCCCUGUAAAUUCCCUAAAACAGUAUUGUGCAUAAUAUGCUCACGAAUCUGUUCACAGAGUGAUGUGGUCUUCCCUUGAUGCUUUGUGGCUUUUGAAACGUAUAUCACAUUAACCCUUCUAUUGCAUGUCCAUCAGUGGGUUUCCAUGUCGCUUAUUUGCUCAAAUAAGCACCAUUUAUUUUUUUGCAUAUUGAUAAGACGGUAUAGAAAACUACCUGAUCAAAUAUAUAUUUACUCCACCCAAGAAACGGACAAAUGCGUACAUGGUAAUAUUUUUUUUCAAUUACGCACGUUUAGGUGCAGGGAACGAUGAUCUAUUGGGGUUUUUUUAAAUCAAAUAAUGUAAGUAGGGUUAUUCUAAUUGGAACCCCAGUGAUUUAUUGCUGUUUUAUUUGCUGGCACGCGAGUGUUGUGGAUUCUCUCUGGCUGGGAUGGAUGCUAGCCAUAGGCACUGGGGUGCUCCAACGUUACACACCGCGACAACACCCAGGUGAUCGUCUCAAAAGGGAGAAUGGACAUUUUGCGAAACAAAGUUGAUUAGCCUAUAAAGUCGAUAUGCAUCGUAUACUCUGAUAUAUAUGUAUGUAAAUCAAGAAUUGUUGGUUUAUUCACUACGAUACAUUGAUGAGCAAUCUCAAAAGGGUCUGAUGUUUAAUGGCCAUACAACAAUUUGUUUUGCUGUGGUGGAGGGCAACCUUUGCUUUUGUUUGUCCUGUUGCCCCCCCCCCCCCCCCUUGUGCAUCUCUGAUUACAGAGAGAAGAGACUGCCGAAUUAUUACAUCGAACGUCAUGCAAAUGUUAACUCGAUGGCAUAGUCAGGGUUUUCAGACAAGCUUCGUUGAUUUGGUUCAAGCCAUGGUAAGGUUUAUUAUUAGUUUGUUUGGGUGCCAUUUAAAAAUAUAUAUGUACUGUAUUCCUAAUCGUUUACCUUAAUAUUGAACUCGAAAUCACUCAUUGCUAAGGAUGACCAGAAGGCAGUACAAACAGCUUUGCAGUUCGUUUGGAGAUCGUAACAGAUCUUAUUCUUCUGUUAUCCUCAUUGCCCGAGUGUUGGAUGUCUCCUAGAUACAUCUUAUCAUAUGUUCACAUGCUCUUUUAAGCAUUGGGUAAAUGCUCAUCUCCACAAGUGGUCUUGAGGGAGUGGUGGAAAUUCCACGUGACAGUGGCAGGGACUAUAUUCUGCUCAUGCAACAGCUACUGGUGGCUUAGAAGAGAGUGAGUGAUGCUCAUUUCAAGUCUAUUUUAUCCACCGAGGAAGAUGACGAGCUGAGACGACCCUGUCUGGGAUUUAAACUCGUGGCCUUGUCAUCGUGGGCCAAUUGUGAUGUCAGGACUUUGUCAUUUGUUGAUACAUUCUUAAUUCAAUAAAUCUACCUAAUUGCUUUUGUAAAACUCA